AUGGAUGACUUUCCAUCUUUGAAUGUUUCAGAUUUGGAGUCUAAGUUACUAGAUUACAAUAUUAGAGAUUAUGAGGUACAAAAUAGUAAACAUAAAAAUAACAUAGCAGGAAAUGAAAAGGAAUCCAUAGACCAACUUAGUCUUUUGAACCAAGUUUGUUCUUUAAAAAACAGGAAGGCUAUAGAUAGCACUAAAAACAGUCCACUAUUCUAUCAAAAUGUCCUGCUUUCUAAACUUGCAUGCUCAAAAAUACUGUGUCAUGCUACAAAAGGUGGGAAUAUUGAAGUGAUGGGAAUGCUUUUAGGUAAUGUUAUAGGGAACACAUUUGUUAUAUUUGAUUGUUUUGAAUUACCUGUUGAAGGAACAGAGACUAUGGUUAAUGCACAUAUGGAAUCAUAUGAAUAUAUGGUCCAAUUUUAUCACGAAAUGGUGGAACGAUCAUAUACAAGAAAUGAAGAGAAUUUAAAUAUCAUUGGCUGGUACCAUUCCCAUCCUGGUUAUGACUGUUGGCUAAGUAAUAUUGACAUGCAGACUCAAUCAUUAAAUCAGCAACAUCAAGACCCAUACCUUGCAAUUGUGGUGGAUCCUCAUAAAAGUAAGAAUGAUCAGAAGGUUAGGAUUGGUUCUUUUAGAACAUAUCAAGAUCAAAACGAUGAUACAAACUUUUAUGAAUUGAACACUACAGUUUUCGAUUCUGAGUUAAACAAACUAGAAAAUCCGCUAUCUGUAAAGAUUCCAUUUAACAGUAUAGAAUCAAGGAAUUUAGAGUCAAACUAUCUUCAGAAACUGUCUGAGACAGUCAAACAAUGGCGUAACUUUAAGAUAAUGGAAAAAAUUGAAAACACUGCACAUACUGAAGAUACAACUACUAACAAGUCAAUUUCUACUCCUGGAAGAAUAAUUCAAACUGCACAUGAAUUUGCAUUUGCGGCUACAUCGAACGGUAAUGGGUCUCGGGUAAACAUUAUGAGAUCAAACAGCGUGUCAUCUAUUGGUUCCAGUAGCGAUAUCGAAAUGGAAGAUAGAAAUUGUAGUGCUUUUGAUAGUGUAGCUAGCAGCAUAAAUACUAUCGCUGAUCCAUCUCGUACAUCAUCGAUCCAUACACAGAUGAACAAUCAAAACAACCAACAAGAACGCAAUUCACCAAAACGACCCCAUAUUUUACCUGCUAUACAAUCAUCUAGAUAUGGCGUUAUAUUUGAGGGAAAGGAUAGGCCUGAAAAUAAAAACUUUAACAUACGAACUGCUAGUGCACAGGAUGCAUUUGAGUCAAAGUGCAUAGAUGAUUUUCACGAAUCGCUGAAGAAUGAUUACCUAACUCAAAAGGAAAUACUGCUACGUCUCAAGCUUCGACAAUACUACCGACUUAGAAUGUAUCGUGACAUGUUCUCAAAAUGA